AUGGACCAAAUACACACCCGGGCCCUCGAAGCCCUCCAACCAUUCAUCCACCUCGCCACCUCGAACAGCGCGACAUCCCCGCGCUUCAUCACAAACUUAAUCACAAACGCAACCUCCAACCCGAACACCUACGUAUUCGCCGAACUCCUCACCACCCCAGCCAUCCAAUCCCUCCGCGACCCCAACACACCCGCUGAGUAUGCAAGCUACCUGACUCUCCUUGAGAUCUUCGCCUGGGGAACAUGGCAAGACUAUCAAUCAACACCCAACCUUCCCCCCCUCAACGACGCCCAAACGCUCAAACUCCGCCUCCUCUCCCUCCUCUCUCUCUCCACAACAACCAACCCCCUAACCUACAACACACUCAUGACCGCCCUAUCCAUCACGCAACCCUCGGAGCUCGAAUCCCUCGUCACAAAAGCCAUCUACGCUUCGCUCAUUACAGCCCGUCUAUCGCCCGCUUCCAACCCGCCAACCGUGAAUGUCACCUCCGUGGCGCCCCUUCGGGAUGUGAAGCCCGAGUCGCUGGGCAAGAUGAUCGACAUCCUGACGGCGUGGGAGACGCGCUGCGGGGACGUGAUUGGGGAUAUUGAGGCCGAGAUUAUUCGGAUCAAGACGGAGUCGGCGAGACGGAGGGCAGAGGAGCGGGAGAAGGAGGUGUUGUUUGAGAAGGCGCUUGCCGGGUGGGGGGCUAAGAUGGAUGAGAAGAAGGUGGGAGGUGGUGGUGGGUGGCAGCAGGGUGGUAGGGGUGGUGGGGUGAUUGGUGGGAAUAAGAGGGAGUUCGCUGCGGAUGAACUUGAUGAUGAUGGGUAUUGGGAGUAUGGGCUUGAAGGAGGGGAUGGGAUGGGGGGCGGGGGCUCUAGGAUGGAUAUUGAUGAUGGGGCUGGAGCGAGGUUGGGUGGUGCUUCGUCGGGGCCGGCUAGACAUCCUAAGCGGGUGUUGGGGAAGAAGUCAUAG